AUGGCCACUGGACCCUUCCCCCACACAGGUCGGCGUUUCCUGCGGCGCACAGACAGCGGCGGCCUCGCCGUCAGCCGGGCAGCACUCAGCGCCGAGAUCCACAACCAGCUCCUCAGCCAGGACUCACCCACGGGGCAGCACCGUGCUGUGCUCAGCCGCUGCCCGCAGCAAGGCCACGAGCUGCUGGAGGUGUGGGGAAGCACUGGGCGCAGCCACAGCGUAGACCUCACGGCGCUGGGGAAGCACGGGGAGGUCUACACAGAGGGGCCCUUCGCCUGUCUGGCCUGGUCCCGCUCGGAGACACGGCUGCUCUACGUGGCCGAGAAGAGCCGGCCCAAACCACGGCUCCCCUGCCCCUGGGAUGUGCCGGGAGCAGCCAGGCCUGUGGAGGAGGAUGAAGAUGAGGAGGGCGAGCAGUUCGUGUACCGCGAGGACUGGGGGGAGGCGCUGAGCACCCGCAGCGUGCCCGUCCUCUGCGCCCUGGACCUGGAGGGCAGCAGCCUCUCGGUGCUGGAAGGCAUCCCGGAGCACCUCUCCCCUGGCCAGGCCCUGUGGUCCCCAGAUGACUGUGGCGUGGUGUUCGUGGGUUGGUGGCACGAGCCCUUCCGCCUGGGGCUGAGCGCCUGCUCCAACAGGAGGUCAGGGAUUUUCCACUUGGACCUGGCCAGUGGGCGCUGCGAGCUGCUGUCGGCCGAGCACAGCGCCGCCUGCUCCCCCCGGCUGAGCCCCGACGGUCGGCGCCUGCNNNGCCUGUCCCCGACCACCGGCUCUCCCCAGCUCACCUGGCAGACAAGGCAGUCGGUAACAGUGCUUGACGUCGUGCAGGAGCCCACAGAGGCCUUCGCCGGGCUCUAUGCCGAGACGCUGCCACUGCGGUGCUGGGCGGCAGACAGCCGGCGAGCCAUGCUGGGCACCCCGCAGCGGAGCCGCAGAGCCCUGCUGCUCGGGGACACAGGGGCGGCCACUGUCACCAAUCUGACAGCAGGGUUGCCCGAAGGGUGCUGGGAGCUGCUCACCCUCCAGUGGGACCUGCUGGUGGCCACCUGCUCGGCCCCGCACCGCCCCCCCAGCCUGGUGGUGGCGGUGCUGCCGCCAGCGGGCCGGGAGCUGCCCCUCCGCUGGGUGCUGGUGGAGGACACCCCAACGGUGCCCGGUGUCACCUGGAAGACCCUGACAGUCCAGCCACCCUGCAGUGGGCAGAGCCCCACCGUGCACAGCACCCAGGCCUUCGAGGCCCUGCUGCUGAGCCCGCCAGACAGCACAGCGCCACACCCCCUUGUCGUGUGCCCCCACGGUGGCCCCCACGCUGUCUUUGACGCCCGCUGGCGCCCGAGCAUGGCCGCGCUGUGCCAGCUGGGCUUCGCCGUGCUCCUAGUGAAUUACCGUGGCUCCCUGGGCUUUGGCCAGGCCAGCAUCAGCUCCCUGCUCUCCCGCGUGGGUGAGCAGGACGUGGCAGACACCCAGCUGGCAGUGGAGCAGGCGCUGCGCAGCGAGCCCCUGGACCCGCACCGCCUGGCCCUGCUGGCUGGCUCCCAUGGAGCCUUCAUCGCCCUCCACCUCCUCGCCCGCGAGCCUGAGCGCUACCAAGCCUGCGCCCUGCGCAGCCCUGUCUCCAACCUGCCCGCGCUGCUGGGCACCUCCGAUAUCCCCGACUGGCGCUACGCCUCCCUGGGGCUGCCCUACUCCUUCGAGCGGGUGCCCCAUGCCGAGGAAGUGGCCACCAUGCUGCUGCGCUCGCCCAUCGCCCAGGCGGCCCAGGUGCGGACGCCGGUGUUGCUGUGUGUGGGUGCCCGGGACCGGCGCGUCAGCCCCACGCAGGCGCUGGAGCUGUACCGGGUGCUGCGGGCCAGGGGGGUGCCAGUGCUGUGAGUGGGAUAUGGGGGGGGGGGGGGGGGGAGGGGGGAGGCCGACGUCUUUGCGAACUGCGCCCGCUGGCUCCUCCGGCACCUGGGGCAGCCCCAGCAGGAUGGGAUGGGCUGA